AACCACAUCGCAAACAUGUCCAAGUUCACACUACGCUGGGGUAUUCUUGCCACUGGAGGCAUUGCCGAGGUGCNNAGCUUCUCGAGAGACCUGACUGUCAACCCUGAAACUCGUAACGUUAAGGAAAUCCAACAUGAGAUCGUUGCCGCAGCCAGCUCCAGUAGUGCUGACCGCGCUGGCGAGUUCCUGAAGAAGGUUGGCGCUUCAUCUUCGGCAAAGGCAUAUGGAUCAUACGAAGAGCUGGUUGCCGACAAGAAUGUCGAUAUCAUCUAUGUCGCCACACCUCACUCGCAUCACUACCAGAAUGCCAUGCUCUGUCUCGAGGCUGGAAAGAACGUUCUCUGCGAGAAGGCAUUUACUGUCAAUGCUGCUCAGGCGAAGAAGCUGGCGGAAAAGGCAAAGGAGAAGAACUUGUUCUUGAUGGAGGCUGUGUGGACAAGAUACUUCCCUCUGUCCAUAUACGUUCGCGACAUUAUUACUUCGGGCAAACGUACCUUCGCCGAUCUCUCCAUUGGCGCUCAGCCUGAGGAGGCCUUCGACAACUCGCACCGCAUGGUCAACCCCGACUUGGCCGGAGGUGCCCUCCUCGAUCUCGGUAUCUACGCCUUGACCUGGGUCUUCCAAACCCUCUACCACACUCAGCCCGAAUCCGCACGUCAGGCUCCCACUGUUGUCUCUUCGCUCAAGAAGUACCCCACUGGCGCCGACGAGAUGACCACAAUGCUCCUCACAUUCCCUCGCUCUCAAGAGCUCGGUGGUGACGCUCACGGCAUUGCCACCACUGCUAUGCGCACAACCNCCGACCCAGAUGGCAAAGGCAGCGCUGGUCCAGCCAUCCGCGUCCAAGGCGACAAGGGCGAAGUUCAAGUCUUCCACCCUGCCUUCCGUCCCACAAAGACCAAGCUCGUUCUCUCCGACGGCACUGUAGAAGAGAAGGAGUUCGUUCAACCCGGCCCUGGCAAGGGCUCCGGCUUCUACAACGGCUUCGGUGGUGACAAGAACCCCGAAGNNGGGGAGGGCCAUGGCAUGUUCUGGGAGGCUGACGAGUGUGCGUUUGCCAUCAAGGAGGGCAGAAAAGAGGGCAAGUACGAGGGCUUGCAGGAAAGUAUCGUUAUCAUGGAAGUCAUGGAUGAAGUGCGCAAGCAGAACGACAUGAUCUACCCUGAGAAGAUCGAGACCACCAAAUACCCUACCCAGCUUUAA